AUGCCACUAAGAUUCGAACUCGGCCAUUUUGAGAUUUGCAAUAAAAUUUUAAGAAGUGUGAAUGUAGUUGUAAACCAACACAGUCAAUUGCAGUCAAUAGUAAGGGGACUGCAAGGAAGAUGGUGCCCACAAUCGGCAAUUUUUUAUAAUUUAUUAUUUUUUGGAUGCUUAAUUUGGGCUACGCAUAAUACUGAGUCGGAUGAACCUUUACAGUUUAAGUUUCUGUCUGAUCGUCAUCUUGUAGAUGCGUCCCAGAGAUUCAGCGGGAUUCUGAUGAUCGCUAAUCUGAUCUUCCGGCUCUUUUCGACCAAGUAUCUGGUGAAAAUCGGCCAGCAAAGAGGCGGAACUCUUGCUACAUUAUUUCCUUCUGGAGCUGGAGAGUUUGGAAGACAACAGUACGAAGAUAUUUCCUACCCAGUACCUCAGAACAACGACUUUGCUGGAAUUUAG